AUGUCAAAUAUCUUGAUUGAAGAUCGGUCUGUGCCUGUGCCUCACUUUAACAACCCGUUGAAAAAUGCAAGCCCGCCGUUUGCAACCAUUCCUCCACCACUUCUUCCGUCGCCUCAUUCUAUCUCAGCCACGCCACCCGCCAGCAGCAGGCCGUAUCCUCUUUCAAAUUCGGAUUUCCCUCUGUUUGGUGUGAGCCCGAAUUACAAUCUGUUCGCCGCACAGCCUACACCACCGACAACGGGCCCAGCUACCGGUAACAGUCUACCACCCUUUCGAUAUAGUCCAAAUGCGUCGCUGGAUCAAGAUCAUUAUGGAUCAACCGACCACCCCACCGCCAAAUUACUCCGAGGCCAACCACAGUAUACGCCUUCGGAGAUAUCUUUGGAUUACUCUCUCAAUGACGACUAUUUUGACCUCGACAUUGAUACAUAUUAUGCUAAUGGCAACAAUGCUUGUGGAUUCAUUCCUGGUCUUCCGGUCAUCGCGACCGACGCUAGUGAACCCGAAACGGAGGAAGACUUUCUGACCAGCGAGUACGCUUCAGUGAGUGGAAGAUCAUCGAUACACGAUAGCGAAGGACGUCGCAAGCGUACCGAAUACAGCCAGAAAUACUUGAAUGAACGGGCGACAGAGUUGACCUGCCUGACCCGACAUUUUGUUCAGGCAAUAUCUCCGUGGAUGGACCUUUUUGAUCUCGACACCUAUUUCAGCCGCAUCGUCCCGGUCAAAGCGGUCCAAAAUGUCAUGUUGCGCUCCGCCAUGGCCGCUGUUGCUGCAAAUCAGAUUGGACAACUGUUGGCCAAUAAAACGCCCAGGGAUGGAUUGGCCCAUUUACUCCCCAUUAUAGGAAUCGAUGACGGUUCCACACAGCCCAAGGAUUGGUUUUACAAAGCCGCCAAUUAUUACGAUCGUGGAAUCUCGUACUUGAGAGUCUUCCUUCAACGCUGGCUGAAUAAUCCCGGGAAUGAUCAGACGGGUCUGACAAAUCAGUCCUCGCGGUACAACACCAUAAGAGCGUUGUCAGACUCCGGUUCCGCCGCCCCCGACAGCCGUAAACUCGGAACAUCAAAUAAGCGACGGCGUUUGCUUCAAGAAAGAUCGCCCGGAGGAGAUAUGGAGGCACUACUAGCCGCAAUAUCGGUGCUCUCGUUAUACGAGACACUUGAUUCGUCGACAGGUAAUUGGUCACAGCAUUUAGACGGGUUCAAAGCACUUCUAGAAACAAAAAUCCUCCCACAAGCAAUAUCAGCUCCCCACCCAAGAGGCGAUCCUUAUAUUUCCAUGAAAGCUGGGCGAGCCGCUUUCUGGAAUUUCGCAAGAGCAGAUUAUCUUGCUGCCUACGUCAAUCGUACCCAAACCAGACUCGAUACUGAGAACAUGACAAUGUGGAGGGCUGCAGGCUUGCCCAUCACCGAGAACGGAGUACUGACACAUGGUGAUGAUGAUGCAGCGAAUGGUGGCGUUGCAACUUAUCUCCCUAGCGAUCGAGAGGACGCGGUGUCUUGUAGUCUGAUUUGGAUAGUCCUGCGGGUUAUGAAUUUUGUGGCUCAAGGGGCCGCUCAGGCGUCUCCGAUACAAGUACGCAUUGCUCAAUGGAUGCAGUUGCGUCGGCAGUUGGAGGAAUGGUUCGACAACUUGCCGUUCACAUUCCAACCCUACGCUACCAUGAGCACCUCUCCGCAGACCGAUUCUGAGCAACCCGAAGAUCAUAAGAACAGGUUUGUCCGGCUGUUCUUCAGCGUCCCAAUGUGUGCUGCGGCGCUUCAACUUUAUCAUUUUGCCCAAAUUGUACUGCUCCCAAACCAGCCAGUCGAUGAAAGAGACAACAGCAACCUGGCAAAACGAAUUCAAAUGUUCAGGAAUGUUUCCGAAGCAUCUGACUAUCAUAGCCGCCAGAUAUGCGGCAUCGCGCUGGGAAAGCCUCCCCCAGCUGUAAGCCGACAGAUGGUUCAUUCAUUAUAUCUUGCCGGACUCUGCUUCGAAGAAAAUGAAGACAGAAAGGUGGUGUUGGAAUUGCUUCAGAAUAUUGAGAAGGAGACUGGCUCGUCGACUGCCCAGCGUGUGAGAGAUCUCAGAGAACAAUGGGGCUGGCAAGGCGAGGUUACUGAAAUCACGGAGUAA